CGUUACUCGGGGUAACAAGAGGAGACGCGGCAAUCUCCGGCGGUGGCGAUGCAGCUGCGACACGUUCGGACUCUGCUUACUCCGCAGGAUGGGGCAGCUAAAGUUACCUGCAUGGCCUGGGCCCCAAAUAAUGCCAAAUUUGCUGUUUGCACUGUGGAUCGCGUGGUUCUCUUAUAUGAUGAACAGGGCGAGCGUAGGGACAAGUUUUCCACCAAGCCUGCAGAUGCUAAGUAUGGCAGGAAGAGCUAUGUGGUAAAAGGAAUGGCAUUUUCCCCAGAUUCUACUAAGAUUGCUGUUGGGCAGUCGGACAACAUAAUCUUUGUAUACAAAAUUGGGGAAGAAUGGGGUGACAAAAAAGUGAUCUGCAACAAGUUUAUUCAGACGAGCGCUGUGACGUGUUUGCUAUGGCCAGAGGAGAAUACCAUUGUGUUUGGACUUGUUGAAGGCAAGAUUCGUUUAGCUAACACCAAGACCAACAAAUCCUCUACCAUUUAUGGAACAGAUUCCUAUGUGGUGUCAUUGGCCUCCAAUGUCUCGGGGAAGGGUAUCCUCUCUGGACAUGCAGAUGGAACCAUUGUGCGUUACUUCUUUGAUGAUGAAGGCUCUGGGGAAUCACAGGGCAAAUUGGUGAUGCACCCCUGUCCCCCUUAUGCCUUGGCAUGGGCAUCCAACAGCAUUGUGGCUUGCGGCUGUGACAAAAAGAUCGUAGCCUAUGGGAAAGAAGGGCACGUGAUCCAAACCUUUGACUACAGUCGAGAUGCUUCAGAGAAGGAGUUCACUGUCGCAGCCGCCAGUCCAGGGGGCCAGUCAGUAGUAAUUGGCAGUUUUGACAGGCUGAGAGUGUUGAACUGGAGUCCUCGUCGCAGUGCAUGGGAGGAGGCCAAGCCCAAGGAGAUUUCUCAUCUAUAUACUAUCACAGCCUUGGCCUGGAAACGAGAUGGCUCACGACUCUGUGCGGGUACCCUGUGUGGUGGAGUGGAACAGUUUGACUGCUGCCUUCGCAGGAGCAUUUACAAGAACAAAUUUGAAAUGACGUAUGUGGGGCCAAGCCAGGUCAUCGUGAAGAAUUUGUCCACUGGUAUGCGAGUAGUUUUGAAAUCCCACUAUGGCUAUGAAAUUGAUGAGGUGAAAAUCCUGGGAAAGGAACGCUACCUUGUUGCCCACACCUCAGAUACGCUGCUUCUGGGUGACCUGAGUUCCACCAAACUCAGUGAGGUGGCCUGGCAGGGAUCUGGUGGGAAUGAGAAGUUUUUCUUUGACAAUGAAAAUGUCUGCAUGAUCUUCAACGCAGGAGAGUUGACUGUAGUGGAAUACGGGAGUAAUGAGAUUUUGGGUUCUGUGCGCACCGAGUUUAUGAACCCCCAUCUCAUCAGUGUCCGACUCAAUGAGAGGAGGCAACGAGGCACUGAGGAGAACAAACGCCUAGCUUAUUUAGUUGACAUUAAGACCAUUGCAGCAGUGGACCUUGUGGCCAGCUAUAAUAUUGGCACGAUCAGCCAUGACAGCAAGAUUGACUGGCUGGAGCUGAAUGAAACUGGUCAUAAAUUGCUUUUCCGGGAUAAAAAGAUGAAGCUGCAUCUCUAUGACAUUGACAAUGCUGUAAAGACCACCAUCCUUAGCUACUGUUCCUAUGUGCAGUGGGUUCCAGGGAGUGACGUGGUGGUUGCCCAGAAUCGAAACAGUCUCUGUGUAUGGUAUAAUAUUGAUACACCAGAACGAGUGACCAUGUUCCCCAUGAAGGGUGAUAUUGUGGACUUGGAGAGGAGCAAUGGAAAGACAGAGGUGAUUGUGACUGAAGGUGUAAAUACCGUGUCCUACACUCUGGAUGAGGGGCUCAUUGAGUUUGGCACAGCAAUUGAUGAUGGUGACUACCACAGAGCUGUAGCUUUCUUAGAAACAUUGGAGAUGUCUGCUGAGACAGAAGCCAUGUGGAAGACACUAAGUCGACUAGCGUUGGAGGCCAAACAGCUGCAUAUUGCUGAAAGGUGUUUUGCUGCUCUUGGACAAGUAUCCAAGGCUCGAUUUCUCCAUGAAACAAAUGAGAUUGCUGACCAAGUGGCCAAGGAAUACGGAGGGGAUGGCACAGACUAUUAUCAAGUCCGAGUCCGCCUGGCUAUGUUAGAAAAAAACUACAAACUGGCAGAGAUGAUCUUUCUGGAGCAAAAUGCUGUGGAGGAAGCCAUGGAGAUGUAUCAAGAGCUUCACAUGUGGGAUGAAUGCAUCUCAGUGGCGGAGGCCAAAAACCAUCCUGCACUAGAGAAAUUGCGUCAAAGCUAUUAUGAGUGGCUGCUGCAGACACAGCAGGAGGAGAGGGCUGCUGAGGUGCAGGAGAUCCAAGGGGACUUGCAAGCAGCCAUUGGCCUCUAUCUGAAGGCUGGACUACCGGCUAAAGCAGCACAGCUGACCAUGGACCGAGAGGAGCUGCUGGCUAAUACCGACCUCAUCAAUCGUAUUGCUACAGCCCUCGUUCGAGGAGAGCUUUUUGAGCAGGCCGGGGAGCUCUUUGAAAAAAUUCGUAACCCACAAAGAGCUCUGGAGUGCUAUCGCAAGGGCAACUCCUUUCUGAAAGCUGUAGAACUUUCUCGUUCAGUUUUUCCAGCAGAAGUGGUAAAGCUGGAGGAGGGCUGGGGAGACCACCUUGUACAACAGAAGCAACUAGACGCAGCUAUCAACCACUACAUUGAGGCCAGGUGUGCUAUCAAGGCCAUUGAAGCAGCCAUUGGGGCUCGGCAGUGGAAGAAAGCUAUAUACAUUCUUGACAUGCAGGAUAGGAAAACAGCAGCCAACUAUUACCCCAAAAUUGCCCAACACUAUGCAGCCUUGCAAGAGUAUGAGAUAGCAGAGGAGCUGUAUGUUAAAGGAGACCACAUCAAGGAUGCCAUUGAUAUGUACACCCAAGCUGGACAUUGGGAAAAGGCACAUAAGCUGGCAUCAAAAUGCAUGAAGCCAGAGGAUGUGUCAGUGUUGUACAUUACACAAGCUCAGGAGCUGGAGCGACAGGGAAAGUACAAGGAAGCUGAGAGGCUCUACAUAACUGUGGAUGAACCAGACUUGGCCAUUACGAUGUACAAGAAUUGCAAGAUGUAUGAUGAGAUGAUUCGCCUGCUGGCCAAAUACCACAAGGAUCUGCUGAGCGAUACACAUUUGCACUUGGGCAAGGAACUGGAAGCUGAUGGGCAUCUGCAGGAGGCGGAAUAUCACUACCUUGAAGCCAAGGAUUGGAAGGCAGCUGUUAACAUGUAUCGUGUGAACAAUAUGUGGGAUGAGGCCUACAGGGUAGCAAAAGCUCACGGUGGAGCAAAUUCUCACAAGCAUGUGGCCUUCUUGUGGGCAAAGAGUCUUGGUGGAGAGGCUGCCAUGAAACUCCUCAACAAAUUUGGACUUCUGGAAAUGGCCAUUGACCAUGCAGCUGACAACAACAUUUUUGAUUUUGCCUUUGAGUUGGCUAGACUCUCCCUGAAGCAGAAACUACCUGAGAUCCACUUCAAAUAUGGCUCUUUCCUGGAAGAUGAGGGCAAGUUUGAAGAGGCAGAGGUGGAGUUUGUGAAGGCCGGGAAGCCUAAAGAGGCAGUUCUAAUGUAUGCUCAUGCCCAGAACUGGACUGCUGCCCAGCGAGUAGCUGAAGUCCAUGACCCAGAGAGUGUAGUCAUUGUGCUAGUUGGUCAAGCUGAUGCUGCCUUCAAGCAAAAAGAGUUCCAGAAAGCAGAAGCUUUGUUGCUGCGGGCUCAGCGACUUGACCUUGCUGUGAAACACUACAAGGAAGCUGCUAUGUGGACUGAUGCUCUCCGAAUCUGUAAAGAAUUUCUACCUGGAGAUCUGGAAGCUCUACAGGAAGAGUAUGAACGGGAAGUGGCUAAAAAAGGACCCAGGGGCAUCGAGGGCCUCCUGGAGCAGGCACGUGAGUGGGAGCAAGCAGGCGAAUAUGCCAGAGCUGUGGACUGCUAUCUCAAGGUGCGGGACCCCAGCAACAGUGCACUGAUGGAAAAAUGUUCCAUGAAGGCAGCUGAACUUUCUAUCAAGUUUCUUGGCCAGUCUCGGAGCAUUGAGGUGAUGAGGACAGUGGGACCACAGCUUGUCAGCAUUGGCAAGUUCAGCGUGGCGGUAGAGCUAUACCUCAACCUUGAUCUAAUCAAGGAAGCCAUCGAUGCCCUCAUGGAGGGGGAAGAGUGGAACAAAGCUAAGUGUGUGGCCAAAGAACUUGACCCCAGAUAUGAAGAAUAUGUGGAUCAACACUAUAAAGAAUACCUCAAGAAUCAAGGCAAAGUAGAUUCGCUUGUGGGUGUGGAUGUUAUGGCUGCCCUCGAUAUGUAUGUGGAAAGGGGGCAGUGGGAAAAGUGCCUGGAGACAGCUGCCAAACAGAACUAUAAAGUGCUGCAUAAAUAUGUGGCUCUUUAUGCCACAUACUUGAUCCGCGAGAACAAUUGGGACAAAGUCUUGGGCCUCUAUGUUCAGAAUGGUGCUCCCGCCAAUGCCCAGAAUUUCAAUAUCUAUAAACGACUAUUUGUGGAGAUGGUGAAUGCAGCCAAUAUGAAUCGCUCAGAGGCUUAUCACAGCUGGGCUGAUUUGCGGGACGUGCUUUUCAACCUGUGUGAAAAUUUAGGGAAAUCGAGUGAAGCUAAUUCGCCAGCUCAUGAGGAGUUUGAAACCAUGUUGCUUAUAUCUCACUACUAUGCUACACGAUCUGCAGCCCAAAGCAUCAAACAGCUGGAAACUGUGGCAGCCAAGCUCUCCAUCUCUUUGUUGCGUCAUACUGAGAUCAUUCCAGCAGACAAGGCCUUCUAUGAAGCAGGAGCAGCAGCUAAGGGUGUUGGUUGGCAGAACAUGGCUUUUAUCUUCCUAAACCGUUUCCUUGAUUUGACUGAUGCAAUUGAAGAGGGCUCCCUUGAUGCUCUAGACCACUCAGACUUCCAGAAUACAGAUAUCCCUUUUGAAAUACCACUGCCUGCCAAGCCACAUAUCUCUGAAGACCAGCGUGAGGAGAUCCGUGACUGGGUUCUCACUGUCUCCAUGGAUCAGCGGUUGGAACAGGUUUUGCCACAAGAUGAACGUGAUACUUACGAAGCUUCUCUGGUAGCGGCGAGCACAGGUGUGCGCUCUCUGCCCUGCCUUAUCACAGGUUAUCCUGUACUAAGAAAUAAGGUGGAAUUCAAGAGUCCUAGCAAAGAAGCAAACAAGGAAAGCUGGAAUAAGUUUUUGAUGGCAGUCAAGAUGUCACACAGCCCCCCCUGCCAGGAUGUUCUCAAGUUCAUCAGCCAAUGGUGUGGAGGGCUGCCCAGCACCAGCUUCUCCUUCCAGUGACCAACUCAACCAAAGCAUUUCCUUAAGUCUUCAACCCCUUUUAGAUAUUUAUUCUCCCAUAUUAAAUAUCUUGUUUAUAUAACGUCUGCCUUCUUUCAUUGAUGUGGCAUUUAUUAUAGGUAUGUCAAAUGUCCUGCAACUCUAGAGACAAACUCAAUGGAGAUGACCAAAGAUAACAGGAUGAAAGGGGAGAGUGGAAAAUUAGAUUAUAGUGGUCAUGUUGCAUUGGAACAAAACUCACUUUCGCAUGAGAUUACAUUUCAAAUGGAUUCAAUAGGCAACUGCCUCCAAUCUGUAAUGGCUACUAUAUCUAUUUGGCUACUGUGAACUGUUGAAGUUUGUGGUUUUAUUCCAAUGGAUCUAAAGGCAUUAGAUGAGGAAGACUAUUUAAAUAUUAUUUAUUUUCUCUAAAAAUCCAAGCAGGGUCAAACCUGUUUGGUACUUGCAGUGGAGGCCACUAAGACAUUUCAAGGCUAUAAGCUAACUUGGAUUUUUUUUAAAAAAUCAUCCUUCAAGAAAGCAUUAAUGAAUGAAUUCAUGAAGGCAUCUGGAGUUGAGUUCAAUUUACCUUGACUUGGAAAAGGUGGAAGGAAAGAGAAGGUGAUGACCAGUAGCAAGAUCAAUGAACUCAGUUACAGUACUGAUGAAUGCACCUUUGGAAGUUCCGAAAAAAAACAAGCAUUGGUUGUCAGGGAAAAUGUCAUUAGGAGUCAAAAAUGAUUUGAUCAAUCAAUCAAAGCCAUGUGUAAAUAUCAACCAGCACCAUGAGAUGCAGUGGGAAGCUAACUGCAAAGACAUAAGUAAGGGUCCUUCUGGCAUGGCUUCUUAAGAGAUGCAAAUUUACCAAGAGCUUCAGAUGACAAUACUUUUUCCCUCUCAGAAAGGGCAGCCCCAUCCAGAUCUAAAGCUGGAAAGCUAUUAAAAGAUAAAAGAACUUGGAAUCCAUAUCCAGUGUUGCUUGGGUUGAUUCCAAACCUGCUCCUCACUAUUCAGAUCUUAACAAGCUCCAAGGUAUGAGAGAACUGUGAGUUGGUUAGCCGAAGCUACACAUUUUCUUGAUCCAUUAUUGUAAGUCGGGCAUUGGAAGCCUUAUUUGUAACUUUGUUUAGUCCCCACAACAAGUGUUUAUGCCUCCUGGUGAGGCCAGUUAAUCCCUCAGAAAGUUGCCAAUUACUAAGUGACAGUACUGUCAUUGUGCUAUUCUUAAGAUGGCAACAAAGUGUACUGGUUUUAGGUGGUUGGAGAAUAUGGAUGUGCUAAUGAGAGUUAAUGUUGUUCUGUAGUUUUAAGGUGCAGAAUGCAACAGAACUACUUUCCCCCCAUGUUUAAACACUUCACCCAUUUCAUUUAGAAAGCAGUGAUUAUCAUGCUAUGAAGAAUAAGUCUGAAUUCAGGGCAAGUGUUUACAUUCAAAAUUCAUUUUUUCAUUCCAAUCUGACCAUGUGUUCCAACCUUAGGACACUUCCAAAAAGACUAAAACUUGCUCUCUCAUUCUUGAAGUCACUUAAAUUCAAACUGUUUUUCAUACCAAGUGCUGAUGCAAUACUCCUAAGCCUCUUACACUUGUUCUAAUUAAGAGGUUCUAAUUAAACCGAAUGAUACAGGUAAGGACCCCAAACACCUGGUCCCCAAAUCAAAUUCAGCUGACUGAUGCAACCCAUGUGAUGCUGUACAUUAAAAGGGAGCAGGAGCCUGCAACUUACAAUCUGCAUAUUCACCAUUAGAUAGAUAGAAUUAAUAAGUACCUUUUAUCUGCAUCAGGAACUGUCUAAGGUAAAAGUAAUCAAGUACUUAGGAGCUGAGGACUUGGCAGCACAAGGAAAUAACAACCAAUUGCCGGCCAUCAAUAUACCAAUCAACCAAUAGGAAAGCACCACAUAAAUAGGAAACAGAAUAACUUAAAGCACAUAUUCUGGUAGAGAGGAGUUCCCUGAGGAUGGGCUCUAACAUGAAUCUGAAAGCUCGGAAGACUAAACCUCUGGUCCCAGUGAUGGACCCAGACUGGAUCUUGCAAUUAUCCUGGGACACAUAUAUUUAUUUGCCUUCAUUAAUAAAAGCAAUAAACUCAGAACUAUGGAAGAUUUUUUCCUGUUCAACACAGAAUUGUUAACACUGGAAGGUCUUCAGAUAUCAACCUACAUAAAACCUUAGUACUAGGAUCUUUUCCAGAUGUUACCUAGACAUAAAAAUGUCUGCAAAAAACCCAAACAGAGAACUCACACAACCUAGAAACCAAUAAUAUUUGCCUAUAGAACGUAGUUCCCAGACACCAAGGGAGCAUUUUUCUUCUCUUUUUAAAGCAAAAGUUGUGAGCAAUUUUUUGGUGACUAAGCAGAAGCCAAAAUGAGGUUCAGAUUCAACCUAGAUGCAGUCAGUGGAUGAGAGAAUACCUUUAAAAAUAUGAAAGCAGAGAUCAAGAAAUUUCAGGAGUACAAACAGCCCAACACCAACCACUUGUACCCUUUCCCAAGAGUAGGAGAUUGCACAAAGUGGCUCCUUUUAACUCUUGUGAUUCCGAUUCCCAGAUUCCAAUCACAAACAGGUUGCAGUUAAUUAUUUACAAAACAAUUUAUUAAAAAUAGGAACAGAAAUGACACUUGGAACAGCACCAGCACAGGAAGGGUUGAAUUUCUCUGAUAAACUGGCUCCAAGCCUGCAGGCAUUAGAUAAUAUCCUAAAGGAAAAGAUGGUUUAACAUUGCCACCUGCUAUCUGAACUGGAACUUCCUAUCUACUUCCUCUAUUGACCAGAGUGAACCCUCACACCACACAAUAGAUGCAGCCAAGGAUACUGGAAGCAAGGCUGGUGCAUGUAGGAACUGUGGAGAGGAGGAGAGUCCAUCUGGAGGGGAUAAGGCAAUGACUGUGGGGCUAGAGAGUGCAUGUGUAAUGUGGAGGGCCAGCAUGGGAUGGGGUAGAACUUAACUUCUCUAUCCCCCCCCACCCUUUUAAAUAACAAGACAGACAUCUGUGCUGUGCAAAAAAAAACCUCUGUACA